AUGCCGCUGGGCCAAUUCCUAUCAACCUGUAGAGGACCCUCUGCCCAACCGUCCGCUCAACCAUCCAAGUCAUCAGAGCCACCCUUGCCGGCAUGGCAACUGAUGUAUCUGACGUGGCGUGGACUUCCCCAGUCAUCUGCGUCCGUACAGUCAGACAUUGAGUUUGCAUUAACUGAGAAAUCUUCAUGUCCAAACGAGCAGCCACAUGGCUUCAAAGCAUUCAUAGACCGGCUGCUGGCCCCCACGCUUUCUCCUCCUUUUCUGGAGGCUCUCAGGCAACAGGAAGCACAGCAAAACAAAUGCGAAGGGGCUGGGGAUGGAAGGAGCCAGGGGAGGGGGAGGGGAUCAGGGGUUACAGGAAGUGUGGCUGGCGGUCGCAAGCAGUGGAACUUGUGGGUGGGACGGAGUGCCACGAGUCAGAUUCACUUUGAUGGCAUGGACAAUGUCCACGUGUGCUUGCAGGGCAGCAAGAUCGUUCACCUCUACAGCCCCUCUGAUUCCAUCUUCCUCUAUCCCAUGCCGUGGAGCGAAGGUUCUAUCAACAACAAAUCGGCACUGCCUUCCAUACUCACUGCAUGUCCGGAAAAACAUCCCCUUUUUUUCUCUCAUGCUACAUGUUACAGAGUCCAGGCCCACUCUGAUGAUGCUUCACUCGCACCGCAUACUGCAACACAUGCAGGCAGCUUGGAGAGAGACCUCGCCAGGCACUCCGAAUCGAGAGCAGCACAACUUUGA